AUGACUUCAACACACUUUUUAGAACUCAACCUUCGUCCUCCGAACGAGAAUAUUUCUCGAUCGGAGCUCCAGGCUCCUUCUAUGGUCGAGUGUUACCAAGAAACAGUGUCCAUAUCGGUCUUACUUCCUACACGACUCACUGGCUAUCCAAAGUUCCCGAACACGUAUGUGACAAGAAAUCUCGAGCGUGGAAUGAUUUGA